AUGGAGAAGUUUGAGAUGGUGAACGAUUACGAAGACGGUCAGUGGAUUGGUGGGGAAUUUUACCACCGGAAGCGAAAAGACAAAGGCGUUCAGACCAAAGACGAUGUUCUCUAUCGUGUCUUCGCCUCUGAUGACAGUGACUCUGACAACGGGGGAGGCUCUAGUACAAGGAAGCGAAGGAAAGAUCUCUCUAAGAAAUCGCACUUCACCAAGCCUGUCAAUUUCGUCUCCACUGGCACUGUCAUACCCAACCAAGAAAUUGAUGACAAUUUGAAAGAGGAGAAUGUUGAUGCUGCUGAGGAGGAGAACAAGACUUCUGGUUUGGGGCUCGGAGCAUCCGGUUCUUGCUCUUCUGGCCUAGGCUUUCAUUCCAGUGCUUCCAGGAUUGCAGUGACUGAAAAUGGAGCAGACCAAGAAGAUGAUGGAGAUGUCUUUCUACCAACAGCUUUUGGAAAGAAGAUCAGGGAAGGCGCAGAGCGGCGCCGGAUCGGGAGAAAGUUACUUGAGAAGAUGGGUUACAAAGGAGGUGAGCUUGGUAAAAACGAGCAAGGUAUUGUUGCUCCUAUUGAGGCUAAGUUGCGGCCGAAGCUUAUGGGAAUGGGUUAUGGAAAGUCUGAUUUGCCAGCAUUGCAGGAAGUAGAGGAGAAGAAGUCGGCGCCUAAUGUGGGUAGGGCCACUGAGGGUCUCUCAAAAGAGAAGCUUUGGUCAAAGCAAGGUCGGCAGAAUAAGAAGGUCUAUGUUACGCAAGAAGAGUUGUUGGCCCAGAAGCAAGAGCAGGGCAUUGAAGUAGUUCAGAAGUUUUUUGAUAUGAGAGGACCGCAGGUUCAUGUUUUGACAAAUUUGGAGAACUUGGAUGCUGAAGAGAAAGCAAAGGAAAACGAUGUCCCCAUGCCUAAGUUUCAGCAUAACAUGAGAUUGAUUGUUGACUUAGCAGAGCUUGAUAUACAGAAAAUAGAUCGAGAUUUGAGAAACGAGAGGGAGAUUGUGGUUACAUUGCAAAAGGAGAAGGAGAAGCUUCAAAUUGAUGUGGCUCGCCAAAAGAAACAGCUGGAUAGUAUGGAAGAAAUAGUUAGUGUGUUGGACCAGAUGGGCACAGUGAAUUCGUUGGGAAAAUUGACUCUCGACUCCCUUGCAAAGUCAUUUGGGGACUUGCAGAGGAGAUAUGCUGAAGAUUACAAACCUUGUAAUUUGUCAUGCAUUGCUUGCUCAUUUGCUCUGCCUUUGUUUAUUCGAGUAUUUCAGGGAUGGGACCCACUUCAAAAUCCAAAACAUGGAUUGGAAGUGAUGUCAUUGUGGAAGAAUUUGUUGCAAGGUGAAGAUUUCUCUGAUGCAGCCUCCCCCUACACUCAGCUGUUUAUGGAAGUUGUAUUCCCUGCUGUGGGGAUAACUGCCACCAACACUUGGCAGGCUAGGGACCCUGAACCCAUGCUUCGUUUUUUGGAGUCUUGGGAAAGGCUGCUGCCUCCUUCCACCCUCCAGAGUAUAUUGGACAAUGUAAUUUUGCCAAAAUUAUCAGCUGCUGUGGAGUCAUGGGACCCACGUCGGGAAACUAUUCCUAUCCAUAAGUGGGUGCGUCCAAGGCUACCAUUAUUGGGACAGAAGUUGGAGGUUCAGGGUCUCUAUCAUACAAUACGUAAUAGAUUGGGAAGAGUUCUUGAUGCUUGGUAUCCUCGUAAUAUGGCUGCCUACUGUAUAUUGUCACCGUGGAAGACUGUGUUUGAUCCAACCAGCUGGGAAAAACUAAUGGUCCGAUAUAUCAUUUCAAAAUUGUUGACUGUCAUGCAUGAUUUCGAAAUAAAUCCAGCAGAUCAGAAAUUUGAUCAGUUCAAGGCCGGCUCAACAGUAGAGCCCAAAAAGCAUGGGUUCUAUUGGAUUCGGACUUGGGCCACUGCUAUUCCCAUUCACCUUAUGGUGCUGUUAAUGGACGUGUUCUUCAACAAGUGGCAAGAAGUUUUGUAUAAUUGGUUAUGCUCUAAUCCAAACUUUGAACAAGUGGCCCAAUGGUACUUGGGUUGGAAGGAACUUCUUCCGCCCGAGCUUCUGGCAAAUGAACACAUUCAAUAUCGGCUUAUUUUGGGUUUGGACAUGAUGAACCAGGCUCCUGUUGAAGACAUGGAGGUGGUCCACCCUGAUUUUAUAGAGGACAGUAAUUAUCUCACGCUGGUUGAACAAAGGCAGUUUGAGGCUCAGCAAAAAGCAACUGCGCAAGCUCAUCAACAAUCUUCCGCAAGCGUUGGUAGUGUAACCCAGAUGGAGGGCUUGGGUGGUGGGCUAGAGAUGAGCUUGAAAGAAGUUAUUGAAGUCCAUGCACAGCAGAAUGGUUUGGUAUUUAAGCCUAAACCCGGCAGAAUGCAAGAUGAUCACCAGAUUUAUGGCUUUGGUAACAUAAGCAUAAUAAUAGAAUCUUUUAAUGAAAAAGUAUUUGCACAAACUGAGGAUAGGUGGUCUUUAGUUUCCCUGGAGCACCUGCUAUAA